AUGGAGCGCAUCCUGACGUGCAUCUACAACAUCCCCAUUUGCGGUGGCUUCUGUGCCCCGACCCAGAGUCCGGAGAAGGGAAUCCUCCGCCACUUCUCGAAUGAGUACACCUUGCCAUUGGCUGGGGUCUUCAUGAAGCUGCGUGGCUGCCUUGAGACGAAUGCAUGCUGCCGACACUGCGGUGCCACGGGCAUCGCCUUCGGCAGAGCUCAUCGGCGUGGGCUCAUGGUCACGUCCUUCUGGAUCUCUUUCAUCGCCUGGCUGUUGAAUAUCUACGCAGUGCUGGCGUUGUCCCACAACGCCCAGGUGUUGAAGGCCACUGCCUGGGCCACCGGCACAUUUGGGUAUGGCGGGCCGUAUCUGGGUGCAAAGAGCUGGGUUGGACUCGGUGGCCGGGUGGAUGAAGUGGACUGCGGGAUGUCUGAGUACACCGAUGGCUGCAACAAAUGGUUCCGCGAAAAUGCGGAGUUGAUGAAGGAGGUAAGCCCGGGCCUUUAUCAACGAGUUGUAGCCUUCGGAAACACCAAGUCUUGUGCUGGCAACAUUGUCUACCACAACGCGAAAUUGGCAGACCUCGUUGCCGCGGCCACUAAUGAAACGGUCUACGCUGACACCGAGAUGUGCGAAGGUUGUGAGAAGUCUGCGGGCAACACCGUCAGCUUCGCCAUCAUGGGAAUUAUCACGCAGAUACCGCAGAUGACAACAGAUCUUCAGCGCUCUACCCGCUUCGGCGACGUCAACUGCCAGGCGACGAUGGGAGCGAUCACAUCCUGCUGGGGCACCUUCAGCGGCCUCACUUCCUUGACCUCUUUCAGCUACUCCUGCUGGAGGAAGUUUCCCCGGCUUGUGCGCGACAAGGUGGGCGACAUCGAGUACAAGUGGAGCAUGGGCCCAGGGUUUGCUUGCAUGCUCAUUGCCACGGUCCUCAAGCUCUGGGAUGCCCUGGCACAUGCUAUGGUGCCAACUCCGCUUGCCAGGCAGAGCAAGCCGCCCAAGGGUGUCGAGCUCUUCGAGUACAUGAGUAUGGCUGAGAAGCCACAGUCCGAAGAAUCUGAGGGGUCCCACACGGAGGAUUCCGACGAAGUGGGGGUGUAG